AAACUGGGCUAUCGAUAUCGAUGGUGAGAUUUCUACUUUUCUCCCCCACCCAUUUUCAAAUCAUUUUUACUCCAUCAGAGAAAACCCCCCAUCGGAGCUACAAAAUUCCCAUUCCCACUUCCUUCCACCAAACACAAACCCCUCAAUUUCACACAAGAGAAAGAGGGGAAAUUUUGUUUGAGAAAAGGACAUCCCAAGAACAACCCCACAAAUAAUUUAACAAAUUCUCCACUUUAUUUUUUCAAUUCCCCACUUCGGUUCUUGGGAGGAUUCCAGGAAGGAUGAAAUUUAUUUUAAGAAUUUACGAUCGAAAAAUGCUUUUGCGUUCGCCAAUUUCAUCUUGUUGACGAAAUUUUUGAUCUCUACUAAUCUUGUUAUUUAAGAUGGAAGAAGGAAGUGAGUCAACGAGAUACUGGUGUCAUGUAUGCAACAGAGUAGUCGAAACGUUCAGGGAGGCUGAGACGAUCAAAUGUUCGUCAUGUAACGGCGGAUUCGUGGAGGAACAUGAUAGCGUAAGGGCUGAUGAUCACAACCACCAACACCAACUCGCCGGAGAUUCGGAAUCUGACCGUGCUAUGUCAUUGUGGGCUCCAAUUUUGCUUGGAAUGAUGAGUAACCCUCGCCGGCGACGUAGAUUAAGACAGAUUGAGAACAACGAGGAAAACGAUGAGAAUGAAGAUCAUAACGACUCCGAAGAACGCUACCGUCGUUACCACCGUGAAGGAGGAGAGUCGGAAUUGGAUAGGGAGUUGGAGUCUAUUAUGAGAAGGCGGCGGCGAAGCUCCGCCGCGAUCGUUCAACUCCUUCAGGGGAUUCGCGCCGGGAUGAUAACGCAAUCGGAGAAUAACGCUGAUAGGGAGGGCGGAGAGAGUAACAGAGAUCGAGAUCGUGUUAUUCUGAUUAAUCCGUUUAGUAAUACAAUCAUUGUCCAGGGUGGUGGCAGUGGUGCAAAUUCAUUUGACUCCUCCGGCGUCGGCGGCCCACAGAACCACCCAAUCGGAUCCCUAGGCGAUUACUUUGUGGGCCCCGGUCUGGAAUUACUCCUCCAGCAUCUCGCGGAGAAUGAUCCAAACCGGUACGGAACACCACCGGCCAAAAAAGAGGCGGUGGAGGCCAUGCCGAUAGUGAAAAUCCAGGAAGAUUCCGUUCAAUGUUCAGUUUGUUUGGAAGAUUUUCAGAUCGGAGAUGAAGCAAAAGAGAUGCCAUGUAAACACAGGUUUCACGGUGACUGUAUCCUGCCAUGGCUAGACCUUCACAGUUCAUGUCCAGUUUGCAGGUAUCAGUUACCUUCCGAUGAAUCCAAACUCGAACGAGACCGUGAAGCUUCCCGUGCUAUCACUGUCAACACCAACGUGAUCGCCGGAGAAUCUGAGAUCGCCGGAGAAGACGGUUCCGGUUCCUCCCGGCGACUUUCUGUAACUCUCCCUUGGCCUUUCAACAGCCUUUUCUCAUCAACAUCAGCUUCAGGCACUCAAAUCACAAACCCUCGUUUGAUAAUGGACACAGGAUCGUCGGACUCAGGGUCAGGUCCGCCGGAAAGCGGAGGUGGUCGGAGGGAUGAUGAUAAUCAAUGAACAGCAGCUCAGCUGUAAGUUUUCCUUCAUGUUGUGUAUACGCCGUCGUUACAGAAACGUGUACAGAGAUCGGAUAUUAUAUUGUUUAAUAUUGACAGGAGUAUAUCGUGUUUCUGUCUUCUUUUAUGUAAACCUAAUUAUGAAGGAUUGUUUACGCCUUCUUCAAAUUUUUUUCCAACAUUUUUCUAGAUUA